GGUGCCGCUGCCGCGGGCUCCGCGCCGGCGCGGGGGAUGCGCGGGGAUGCUCGGAGGAUGCUCGGGGCCGUACCGGGACCCGCAGCGCACAGCCCACGCCGUGAUUUCCACACGCCCCUUCUGCAGGAAAUGGGUAGCCGUGGUAUGGAAUUUUCUUAAGCCCAGCAGCGCCAGCAUCCUUUGGAAAGUUCUCCCGCCCCAAAGGCAUCGGCAGCUGAGCUGGAGGGCAGGAGCAGAAGAAAGCGUGGCUUGUGCUGCUGAUGGAGCCAGCCUUUCUGGAAUGUGAAUAAGAGCUUUCACUUAAUGCACAUCGCUGUACUGCCUUGAUCGCUGCACUUGAUAAGCCUGCUGAAACUAAAUAGGGAAGACUGUCAGAAGAGCUGAGAAUGGACUUACCAUGAAGGACACAAAGUUCUGGGUGAUGAUGAGCUAGAGUUUUAACUUAGAAGAACACAGUGUUUGCAUCACAGGAUGGAUGUGAGUGAGAAUAACAUUUGUGACACAGGGGGGGAGCAUUCAAAUUAUCCCAGAAAGGCCACAAAGCAGGUGGGCCACAGCUGUAGGCCACAGAAGGAGGUGGACAUGAAUUACUCCUGCAGUCCUCCUGGAAACUCUGCUGGACCUGCAGGAAAGCAAGAGCUUCCUGCAGACCUGCGGUGUGGAGACAAAGAAACCUGUGACACCUACUGCCAGAAACAGGGUGAGAACCCAGCUGGGGAGUUUCCUCCCUCCAGCACCAGCUUCCACCUGCAGAGAGAAGAUGAGGAUUUAGGUCACCAUUCCUCUGAGCACACCAGGAAACCACGGAUGAUAACUAAACUCCGUGAGGACAACGGAAGCGCUGCUCUCGGAGAUGCGCUUAGUGAGGAGCUGGAGCCCAUCCCCGAAGAAGCUCUGCCCUAUCGAUGCAAGAAGUGUGGCUCCUCCUUCCGUGGCGUGAGCGAGCUGCAGGAGCACAGGCGAGCUCACCUGCUGGAGAACUCCUACCGCUGUCCCAUCUGCACCAAAGGCUUCUCCCGCGCCGCCAACCUGCGCAUGCACAAGCUCAUCCACUCCAGCGAGCGGCCGCACAAGUGCCCCGAGUGUGACAAGGGCUUCAUCCGCACGGCCGAUGUCUGGAGGCACCUGCGCAACGUGCACAAGAUCGAGCGCUCCAUGGUGAUCCUGGCCAACAGCACGGCCAGGAACCCCUGGUCCGUGGUGCACCACAGCCAGCAGCACAAUGCUGAGUGCCCGGAUCAGGCUUGUCCAGCAAACCCAAAAUCUCAGGAGGACGACUUCAAACCUUAUGCCUGCCCAACGUGCGGUAAAGGUUUCGAUAAGCCCAACCUGCUGUCCAAGCACAAGGUGAUCCACCGGGAGGACAAGCCCUACAAGUGUCAGGAGUGUGGCAUGGCGUUUGUGCAGCUGCUCAGGCUCAAGAGACACCAGCAGACUCACUCUGGGGCACGGCCCUUCUACUGCGAGGAGUGUGGAGGGACCUUCACCCGGCUGGCAUCACUGCAGCGCCAUCACCGCAUCCACACCGGAGAGAAGCCCUACUCCUGUAAUUUCUGUGGGCAUUCCUUCACUGAGUCAGGGACCCUACGGAGGCACGAGCGCACACACAAGUUGGACAAACCUUAAUUUGGGGUCUCUGUGGUUGCUUUGUACCUGAAUGAGGUCUGCUCGGCUGGGCUGGAAAAGCACCCUGUGGUGUGUGCUCUGCCCAGUCCAGACCCACUGCCCAGCAGUGGCUGCUGCAGCAAUGCUGCAUCACAGGGAGCUCUGGAACUUGUACUGGGAAGGAUUGCACUGCCUGGCUUUAAACUGCUUUGUAUGAGAAAAUAACCUAAUUACCCCUGAGUAAUGAAAUGGGAGACUUGAGGAGACUGAAACCACUCACAUGUGCUGCUCUGUCUCUGUUUGCUGGGCUGGUGAUGCAUCCGCUCCAGCUUUGUGCAGGAUCUGUGAGCAGAGACUGGGAGAAUUCACUGGAUAAACUGGCCCUGCCCUCAUGAGUGUGAUGGCUCUUUGACACUGGGUUUGGAGACCUGUUAACUCACUAAGUUAGAACACUCCAGAGUUGUCCCUCUAUCCCUUCUUUCCUUGUAUUUUGCUGAGGUUUUCUUUCAGUUUCACUUCUUUUUAUUUGGAGGGGAAAGUAUCAUGUUGGUUAUUAAAAAAAAAACAAAAACAAACUCCACUUACAAACCAGUUCCUUAAUAAACACAACAGUUACCAGCUGUA